GCGGCGGCGGCUCUUCUGGCUGCCUCCCAUGCCGCCGCCUCCUCCUCCUCCUCCUCCUCCUCGCUUCACAUCGCUUUGCGUGUGCGCGCACCAGGCUUGAGAGAGGGAGAGGGAAAGCAGACAACUUGCCGGAAGCUCCUGACCUGAACCUGGAUUCUUAGGUUUCAAAGACCCGCAGCAAACCGACAAUGUUCCCGAGGCUCUUUCAGCGGUGGAGUUUCGUGGUCUUUCUGCUGAGCUACUGCGCACCCUCUUCUGGGAGAUCACUGGAAGGGAACAGCCGCAGACUUUUGCUUUUCUUAAUCAGCAAAAGGACAGUAUCUGAAUAUCAGCUGUUGCAUGACAAAGGGAAGUCUUUUCAAGAUAUACGAAGACGAAACUUCCUGCAAAACCUAAUGGAUGCGGUAAACACGGCUGAGAUCCGGUCUAUGUCAGAGGUAUCACCAAACCCUAAACCUGCCACCAUUGCAAAGAACUUUGCUGUCCGCUUUGGCAGUGAUGACGAAGGCAAAUACCUGACUCAAGAGACCAACAAAGCUCAGACAUACAAGGAUCAGCCCAUUAAGACACCAGGAAAGAAAAAGAAAGGGAAGCCUGGCAAACGCAAGGAGCAAGAGAAGAAAAAGAGGAGGGUUCGUUCAGCUUGGCUCAGCUCAAGAGGGUCUGGCAGUGGGAAGGCACAGAUCUCCGUCCUGGACCUCUUUAGCACUACACAUGUGAAUAAAAGGAGGCGUUGACAUCUUUAGCUUAGAUCUUUGGAAAACACAUUGCAGGAUUCUGUAAUACUGAACAGAAGUAUUUAUUACCUAUAUUUGUAAAUAUAUCAAAAUAAAAACUUGGCUGCAGAUGCUCUCCAAAACUGCACAUUUGAAAAUUAUGAAUAUUGGGGGGAAAUUUUGCGCUAAGAGAAUUCUUGUCACAUUUACUAUAAUUUAUUUUGUUGAAUGAUGUAUUUAUUUCUAUGAACUUUUAUCUUGGUGCUGCUGACUUCCUAUAUUUUUUGUAACAUAUUGCACUUUAGAUAUAUAUUAUGUCUUAUACUGAUAAGACAUAAAUAAACGAUUCCUGUUUUUUUUUAUCGGUUUUAAUGAGUUGCCCAAGUACAAUUGUUAAAAAUGAUUUUCUUCCAUGCAUGUAUAAAAAAGUAGUAUUUUUACAAUUUGUAAAAAAAAAAAAGUCCAAUAAAAUAUAAUCUAAUUAAAAUCA